GUAUAUAUUUCAUAUAUAUUCUUGUAUUGUAUUUUAUAUAAUAUUUUUAUAAUCAUAGAAAUAAAAUUUAAUUAUUUAAAAAUUAAUCAAAAAAACCAGAAAUUAUUUGUUGAAUAUCUAUAUAUAAUUACUGAUCAAAUAAAUUUAUAAAUUUUAGGAGAUAGUUAUGUGCAUACGUCAGAAAAUAAUCACAUAAUUAUACAAAAGUGUCGAAAGCAGAAAAUUAUGGCAUUUUUAAGCAGUACCUGUUUAUCAAUAAGUUUAUGUACUCUGUUAUUUUAUACAACUAUAGCUUUUAAUAAAUAUUCCAUAGAGGCAAAUAAACCAAAAUAUGAAGAUCCUUUACAAUUUCCAACCUCUCUCCGUGAGUUAGAUAAACCAUUUCGCAUGGCAAAGUUAAAUAUAUUAUGGAUAAAAGCAAAAAAUCGUUUGACAGAUACAAAAUUGCAAUCAAUAUUUAGUGAUCUGAAAAUCCAUGAUAAAGAAGAAAUUGCAUAUAAGCAUUUUAAGUCUGAUGGCAAAGAUCCAAAUGGUGAAGAAGAAGCACGAUUAAGAAAAAAGCUAAUUGGAAUUAUGAGUACUUAUGGAUUAUUAGAACACUUUGAUGAUACAGAAAAUCCAGAAUUACUGAAAAAACAUAAAGCUUUAAAUGAUGGUACCAAUUAUAUUGCCAGAAAUGUCUUUAAAGAUAAAAGAUUAGAUAAAUUAUGGGUUAAAGCUGAAAUGGCAGGUUUUACUCAUGAAGAACUUCAAACUUUAAAGGAAGAAUUUCAACAUCACCAGGAUAAAGUGGAUGAAUAUAUGAAUCUUUUAAAAGAUAUAGAAACUGGUGAUUCAGAAAUACAUAAAAAUAGUUUAUAUCAUAAACCAGAAACUUGGAAUGAAAUAGAACAAGAAGAGGAAAUAUCCAAUAAUGUUCCUGAAAAAAAGCUAGAUUACUUAGAAAAAGCAACAUUACUUAGAGAAAAACAUUUGGAACUUAGAAAUGGAUAUGAUCGAUUGGAUAGAUUAACUGCAAAAGGACCAAAUCAUAAAGAAUUCAUAGAACCUAAAGUGCAAGGUUUAUGGCGUAUUGUAUUAGAAUCUCAAUUCUCUCCAGAAGAACGAGCUUCAUUAAAAGAAGAAUUGUUACAUUAUGAAGGAAGGUUGCUCAAAUUGCGUCAUUUACACACAGAAGCUGCUUUAGAAGCUGCACGACAAGGAAAACAAUAUGAUUUGGAGAACUCUACUAUGGAACAACAUAUCAAAAAACAUGCAAGAACUAUUCAAAAACUUCAUACAGAUCUUGAAGCAAAAAUUAUGCAAAAACAUUCUGAACUUUAAUAUAAUUAAUGCUUAAUAAAUUUGCACAAAUAUUAUUUUUAUAAUAGUUUUAAAAUUAAAAAUAUUUUUAUUAGAAACAUAAUGAAUACAAAUAUAUGAGAUUUAUAAAGAUCUAAUUUGAAAAUUAUAUUAUUUUAUAUUACAUUUAUAUGAUAUAUUUUUAAGAAAUAUAUAUAAUAAGAGAAUAAUAUAUGAAUAA